AUGGCGCUGCGGCGGGGCGGGCGGGCGGGGCGCGGGCGGCUGCUGCUGCUGCUGCUGCUGCUGGGCGCCGCGAGCCUCGUGCGGCCGGGCGCGCAGGUGAGGCGGCUGGCGCGCUGCCCCGCCACUUGCAGCUGCACCAAGGAGUCCAUCAUCUGCGUGGGCUCCUCCUGGGUGCCCAGGACCGUGCCGGGCGACAUCAGCUCCCUGAGCCUGGUAAAUGGAACAUUUUUGGAAAUCAAGGACCGAAUGUUUUCCCAUCUGCCUUCCCUGCAGCUGCUAUUGCUGAAUUCUAACUCGUUUACCGUCAUCCGGGAUGAUGCUUUUGCUGGACUUUUCCAUCUCGAGUACCUGUUUAUCGAAGGGAACAAAAUAGAAACCAUUUCAAGAAAUGCCUUUCGUGGCCUCCGUGACCUGACUCACCUUUCUUUGGCCAAUAACCACAUAAAAGCGCUCCCAAGGGAUGUCUUCAGUGAUUUAGACUCUCUGAUUGAACUUGACUUAAGGGGCAAUAAAUUUGAAUGUGACUGCAAAGCCAAGUGGUUGUAUCUGUGGUUGAAGAUGACAAAUUCCACUGUCUCCGAUGUCCUCUGCAUCGGUCCACCAGAGUAUCAGGAAAAGAAGCUAAAUGAUGUGCCCAGCUUUGACUACGAAUGUACCACUACAGAUUUUGUUGUCCAUCAGACUUUGCCCUACCAGUCGGUUUCGGUGGAUACGUUCAACUCCAAGAAUGACGUGUACGUGGCCAUCGCUCAGCCCAGCAUGGAGAACUGCAUGGUGCUGGAGUGGGACCACAUCGAAAUGAACUUCCGGAGCUAUGACAAUAUUACAGGUCAGUCCAUCGUGGGCUGUAAGGCCAUCCUCAUCGACGACCAGGUUUUCGUGGUGGUGGCCCAGCUCUUCGGCGGCUCCCACAUCUACAAGUAUGACGAGAGCUGGACCAAGUUUGUCAAGUUCCAGGACAUUGAAGUCUCCCGCAUUUCCAAGCCCAACGACAUCGAGCUCUUUCAGAUCGAGGACGAGACGUUCUUCAUCAUCGCCGACAGCUCCAAAGCCGGCCUGUCCACCGUGUAUAAAUGGAACAGCAAAGGCUUCUACUCCUACCAGUCUCUGCACGAGUGGUUCAGGGACACGGACGCGGAGUUCGUGGACAUAGACGGGAAGUCGCACCUGAUUCUGUCCAGCCGCUCCCAGGUCCCCAUCAUCCUCCAGUGGAAUAAAAGCUCCAAGAAGUUCGUCCCCCACAGUGACAUCCCCAACAUGGAAGAUGUCCUGGCUGUGAAGAGCUUUAGGAUGCAGAAUGCCCUCUACCUUUCCCUCACCCGCUUCAUCGGGGACUCCCGGGUCAUGAGGUGGAACAGUAAGCAGUUUGUGGAGAUCCAGGCUCUUCCAUCUCGGGGGGCCAUGACCCUGCAGCCCUUUUCUUUUAAAGAUAAUCACUACCUGGCCCUGGGGAGUGACUAUACGUUCUCCCAGAUCUACCAGUGGGAUAAAGAGAAGCAGCUAUUCAAAAAAUUCAAGGAGAUUUACGUGCAGGCCCCUCGCUGCUUCACGGCGGUCUCCACUGACAGGCGAGAUUUCUUUUUUGCAUCCAGUUUCAAAGGGAAAACAAAGAUUUUCGAGCACAUAGUCGUCGACUUAAGUUUGUGAAGGGGGUGAUGGGGGCCUUUAAAGACGCGUAGCCCUAGCUUUCCCCGAGAGAGGACCCAGAAGCAAAUGGAAAGCCAAGUUCAGAGCUCUCAAAUUAAGGACGCAUUUGGGGAAAUAGAAGUUUUCAUAAUGUUAGAACUCACGUCUUAAUCAGGGAUUGCACUUACUGGCUAACUGCAUGACAUGUCCAGUCUCCCACCCGGAAAGGCAUCUUCAAGCCUGUUCUCUCUGAGAAGAGAGUACCACAGUAACUCUUACCAUCUAGGAAAGUAAUGUGCUUUUUUUUUUCUUUUUCUUUCUUUCUUUUUUCAAAUGAGGAAGGAGGAAAUCAGAUAAGAUGGAACGGCUCUUAGGAUGAAAUCAAAAACAAAAACAAAAAAAGACCCAACGCGCUAGGGGCCCUCCUCAUUCCAUCUUAGCCAUCUUUUUUGGUAAGAACUCUUCAAGGCAAAGUCAGCGGAAAAGAUUUGCUGAUGAUUCGUUUAAAAAUCUGAUAACACUCAGCAAUGCUAUUUUGAGCCAUUUCAGUUCCCCGAACCCCCCUUAAUAGCAGAACGUUGGCCAUCUCAUUGGCUCCCGGGGAUGCUCGUCGGGGGUGGCCACAAAGAAAAUACUCUGCUGACACGUGUCCAGGCCCAGCCCGGGCUGCAGGCCCAUGAGUGAGACAAAGGUGUUCUCCCCUUGUCCCUGGGGUUCAAAGCCGAUCCCGUGGCCGCCCGAGCAAUACUGCUUGUUAGAUGCUCUCCAUGACUCAGCUGCUUCCCUGAACCCGUUCUUUGAGUUUGUGGGUAACCAGCAGACAGGCCAAAGACUGAAUGGUGCUUUUUUAUCCCGUCCUUUAAAGCAGUAGGACAGGUAUUUCCAUCGGAUGGGCAUUUGGUAGAAUUGUUGAGGGAAGGUUUUGUGGAAUCAAAGAGGACUUUACACAAGUCUCGAUGCACUUUGAAACCUAGAGGUGGCCCUUUGAUUUGUGCAUGCCUGUGCCCUCGGGGCAGCGUCACAUUUCGAGUCAUUGAAUACCAGGCUCCCCACCUGCCCACCUGCCUUCCAUUGUGCUUACACAGCGGUCCUGCUUUGUUGAUGUGCUGUUGCUGCUGCUCCCAGCGUGGCCCUUCUGGAGGGGCUGUGGCACCAAAUUGCAGAACCUGAGGUGGUCAUGACACCAGCGCCCCUGUCUUUCCCAGUAGUUUCCCCAAGGAAAGCCCCCAGGGGCUCACACGCUGAGGUGGGGCUCAUCCUGAAUAGGCUAGUGGGGGGCAGGGGAUCAUCAGGGCCCAGCUUUGGAGCUAGGCACACUGGAUCCCACAGACCAGGUCUGCGCUCAGGGGGCCUGAGGGCCUAUUUCAAAAUGGGCUUCUGUGGUGUGGAUUGUCGGGAAGCCCCGGGGGCUCUGGUUUUGUGGUGGAAGCUCCCCAGGGGAUGCUGUGCCUGACUAGCUGGUUCUCUUCAGAGAACAUGAAGUGGGUUUUAGGAGAGCCACCCGACAACGUCUCUCGGAGCCCCCAAAGCAGCACGAUCGUGUUGCAGUGCAGUGUUAUUCUUUAGCAAUCGUUUGCCAAGUCAUGAGUAGGGAGAUGUUUUGCCACAAAUAUGAGCGUGGUGUUUCUGGUUCCUCAGUGCCUAUCAAGGCCAUAAAUAGCAUCGAGGUUGCCAGAGCACUCCUGGGUACGAUCUGGGCCGCAGGCUGAGGGCUUCCAGCCGAGGACACCGGGGAUUUUAAUGAACUAUAAGUGGCCCACACAUAGUAGCGUUGCUGCUUGACACUUUCCUACUAAGCACCAACCACACAGGAGAAAAGUGGUUUGUUUUCAUUUUCUUAAGCCCAAAAAUCACUCUUCUGCAUUCUUUUGUCUUCCUGGUUGAUUUGAAUUGACUACAAAUGCCCAGUAUCCCCACAUCGGAGGCUGAAAGUGGGACAGCUCUGCUAUUCCUCUGGCUGUUAAGAUGGGCAACAAUUCUUUCUGGCACAUGGAACCCCUCAGACAAGCCUGGGCGGAAAAACAGGCCCUUGGCAAACAAUGUAGGGGACAUUUAGGCAGUGCUAGCACUUGUGCCAGGUCGAAAUGAUGUUCCCGAUUCCAGCCUCCUGUGGAGAAGGCAACCGGGGCAUCUUUUCACAGGGCUGCCUCUAUGGAACAGGGCAUCAGCUCCCCGGCCUCACCUCUGAGGGUGAAGUUCCUGGAGAAACCAUCUGCAUUCACCAUGCUGGUAACCAUUGCCUAGAAUCUGGAAAACCAGGGAUCAUGGGGUGCCGGGCAGGGGGGUAGGGGUGCUUGCUGAGUCCAGGUGAGACAUUGGUGGGUGGAAGGCACAUCUAAGGAAUUGGGGGUGAGGUGAGGGCAAGAGGGUGGGUAGUCCCUGCAGCUGCAGUCAGGUUCUCUUUUUCUUUUUAAGAAACUAGACCAAAUCAGUCUGCAGCCUACCAGCCUCUCCGCGCUGAGGGAGGAGAUAUUUGUUCUGGCCGACUUGCUAAAAGGCUGUAGAUGUUCUUGGCGCAAGGUGGUGGAAGCUUUGCUUCAUUAAUCUCACUGCUCCAUCCCAAGAAUCCCUCAAGUUUUAAACAAUUUCUGCAAGAAGCUUUUUUUUUUCUUCCAGUAAUAAUGUAAGACAAAGUAAAACCCCAACAACAUCAGAAAGCCAAAGCAGAGGGAUACGUGAGACCAUCCCCUGUGAUGAUAGUCCCCGGAAGGGCUGCUCUCGUCCAUUCCUUCCCAUCACCCAUUGGUUUCCUUCUUGUCAGCCUGCUUCUUCUUCACAAUCUCUGUGGCUGGGAUGGGUCCCUCCGUGUCGCCAAGUGGCCACGCCACACAGCCUUAAAGUGUGGGAUCAGGAACCGAUCUUCACCGAGACUAAAAGCAAGCCUUAGGUGUGAAUGGCACGGUGUUCUCGGGCAAUGGGUAAUAAGACCACCCUGCAUUUCAGCAAAGCCUUAUGUUUUCUCAGUGUGCAUUUGUGUCCAUCUCAUUUGUUCAUAAACAGUUCUUUAGUUUAUUGGCAGGCAGGCAUCCUGAUUUCAGAGAGAAUGAAACCGCUACAAAAAUCUAAGUCAGUCGCCUGCUCAAGAUUAUCCAGUAGUGAGUGGCAAAGGCAGACCUUGUCCCCUUCCACCACCACCACCACCCACCCCCACCCGCACAAGCAGGCUUCGUAUUUUCUUUGUGACACUCUGACAUGCCUUCCAAAUAAAGACUUUUUAUCAUGAUUCAGAAUAUAGCAGCACCUUGAGAUAAAGUAAAAAUAUACAACAAAAUAUGCGUAGCCAGAAGGAAAAUAGUGCUGAAUAGACACCAUCUCAUCUACUGGUCCCUUUAGCAAUUAAACACUAUGGGACUACUAUUACACACAAGGCCACACUCUUGAAAGUCUUCCAGAAGUUUCAGAUAAUUUUCCGUUCCAAAGAGUGUUUCUAGCUGGCAUGGUUUGCUUCUCCACAGCCGCCCCCCCCCCGCAACAGCGAUGGGGUGCGGAUAUUGGGGUCCAGACACAUCUGGUUCUUGUCACAACGUCCACAAGAUAAACAAGAAGAGUUCUAUGGGGGAGGAGCAACUAAAAACUCGAAUGCGCGAGCGAUGAUGAAUUGCUCCAGGUCAUAAUCAGCCUUUGGGGAGCACGCUGGAAAUGCCAGUGUUGCAUUUUUCUUCCCCAUGGAGUGAGAGGCUGUGUAUUUUUAGGAAAGAAAUCAGCGUGGGAUGCAGGAGGUUUGGCUGCCAGGAACACUCACGAUGGAAAUUUCUCUGACCGUGGGUUUAAUGAAAGAGAGAUGAAGGUCUGCAGGGGGGGAGUCUAUUUGCAUGCCACCUAAAGAAAAUCUCCUUAGCCCAGGCUUCCGGAUUCUUCUGCAGAGGUAUCAGCCCCUCCGCUUGCAGUUUUGGAAGAGAGUUCUUUAAUUAGGCAGUGGCCAAAGAUUCUAUUGAGCAGAGCUCUGGAGUGGAAUGCAAUAAUCUAGUUGUUGACACAGUGAGGAAGGUGGGCCAGACGUAGGACAGUGUAAAGGGAAUGGACAGAAAAGCAGGGCAGAUGGCUGUGGAGGAAACUCUUUGGGGAAAGUAGAAAUAAACUAGAAGAAAGGUCAUCGUGAUUUCCUUAGCCUCAGCCAGGCAAGUAGAGGAUGGACGACUAGGCAAAUUAACAAUUAUUAACAAAGAGAGCCCAUUGUAAUGCUAAUUGACGUAAUUGUGUUGUAAAGCUACUGAGAUCUAAACCUAGCCAGGUACUCUUAUCCUUACGUUAUUCCUUACUUGUAUCAGAAUCUACUUUUUUUUCUGGUAGGAAACUAUGCAUUCCCUAUCCAUCCCUUUGACUAUCAGGAAUGUAUAAGAACUGUGAUAAAAUAAGCCAAUAUGCCAUUUGGUACCAUUUUUAUGUAUCUUAGAUGCAUAACUUAGGUAAAAUAAGAAUAGUUUAUAUGUAUAUGAAAGUAAAUUUUGCAGUAUGCAAGCUACAAUGGAUGCAUUUUAAGGCUGAAUAUAUAUUUAGCUCUUUUUGGUAAAUACAGUUAACAAACAACAUGCCUCUUAAUUCGAUAUAUCUUGUAAGUCUAUGAAUAAAAAGUAGCUCA